AUGUCAUCCGAAAAGGCCACCGCGCUCGUUCUUCGUGUUGUCGAUUUCAGCGAAUCGAGCAGCGUGGUUACCUUGUUCACCCGAGAGUUUGGAAAAAUAAGCGGACUGGCGAAGGGGGCCAAACGGCCUAAAGGGGCUUUCGACUCUGCCCUUGACCUUCUUUGCACGUGUCGAGUAGUGUUCCUCCGCAAAUCAAGCGAGGCGCUCGACCUAUUGACCGAAGCAAAGCUCAUCCGCCGCUUUCGGUUAUGCGACAAAAACCUGUCCCGUCUCUAUGCAGGUUACUACGUCGCCGAGUUGCUGCUCGAGCUUACCGACGAAUACGAUGCUCAUCCCGAACUCUUCGAUAACGCCGAGCGUACGCUAUUGCGAUUGGGCAGCGGUCCUUCCGUGGGUACCGCAAUCGCUCAAUUCGAAAUGGCGGCGCUGCAGAUACUAGGACACCACCCAUCACUCGAACAAUGUGCAGAUUGUGGGAGUGAAAUCCGCCCCCACGGUCGCAUCCCCUUCGCGCAAACCGCCGGGGGUGUGCUAUGCCCGCGCUGCCGACCGCGCCACAGCCAAGUGGUUCAGGUCAGCACAGCGGUGAUUGAAGUUUUGAAACAACUGGCAAACGCCGAUAACGAAGCACUGGACACCGUGAAAAUCGAGCGCCGAUCAGGCGGAGAGCUUCGCGGAGUGUUGAACCAUUACAUGACACAGUUGCUGGGCCGUCCGCCUCGCAUGCAACGCUACUUAGUCGCCCCCACAAGCAACCAUGACGAUGCUGGCAAGGAUGCCGCGAAUGAGCCAUAA